AUGGAGUCGCUCUAUCGGUUGCUCAUGCACGAGUUGGAUCUCGUCCAUGGAGACCGCCGGAUGCCCAGCCCCUUGCAGUUUCACAAGCGCAAUCUUGUGACCGCUGUCGAAACGGCAAAAUGGCAGGUAGUUCUUUUACAGAGUAUUAAGGUGAUGUGAGACAGGCUGAGCUUACUUGGUGUUUCGCUUCCUUUCCUUGCUAGCUGGAGGACUUUGAGAGGGCAGUGCAUGCCAUAUCUGAUGAGACCGGCUCGAGGGAGCACGCAAUACAUGGGCACAAGCAGUUCAUCGAUGCCAUAAGAGAUCAAGUUCUCUCGGUGCAGAGAACCUUGGAGGAGAUAUCUGUUGGAGAUUCUGGCACAAGUACGCAGUGGACGAGCCCGAAUGAACCAGACACCCUCGGGUUGGCAUUAUUCCUUUCUGGUGAAAAUUCUCGGGAUCACCAUUUACCUGAUAACUCUCAGAAUAACAUCGGGAAGAAGUUUCUUGAUUCAAAUGGGACGACUGAUGAGAUUAUAGAGAUCGAACCUGAUGAGAAUGUGCACUUGGAGCUGAACGAUACGAGGCAUCUGAAUCAUGCUUCCAGUUCCUUACAGGGCGACGGGAUGUGGAAGUUUGGGUCGAACAACUCCGAGUCUUCGUUUUUUCCAGAGCAAGGUAAUCUGGAAAAUGGGUACAGAACCGCGGAGGAUGCUGCGAAUUGCAACCCUGAAGCUGGUAAAUUGACCACACGGUACCUGUUGUUUUCCAAUAACGGGGCAGUCAGGUGUCUAUGGGAAUUCGUCAAUAAAUUUUGGCGUUGGGACAGAUAUAGGCAUUCAAGGACAUUUACGAAGAAGAGAAAAGAUGGAGAUAUAACGGACGACACUUCAGCGGAUAUGGAUUUACGCAGAAAGAAGGCAUUCUACUCUCUUGAUAUGUCCUCAGCUGGGCAGGUACGCGAGCACCGUCGCCAAUUGUCUUCUCUAGAUCACCAAUAUAUUCUUUUUUCUUCUUCUUACCUUUAAGUAUGAGAUUUUUCAUACCUGAUGGAGUGCCAUAUUUAUUUAUUUAAUUUGUACAGAGUAAGCAAUCCGGUUUUGGGAUCUUUCCGAGACCAAAUAUUCGUGA